AUGGCUAAAGAAAGCGACGCACCACCGUCAUAUCCGAUGACUCCUCGGAGACCGAAUGAGCAACCACAGCACCCUCUUUCACGCCAGCCAGAAUUCGGGAAACCGUCCCCUCUCGGUCAGUUUCAACGGCCAACCCAACAACAGCCGAAACCGACGAACCAUCCAUUCAAUAUCCCCAAACCCAAUCGAGGACGACCAGAACACCAUAGGCCUGCGCACCAGGCGCGACCACACAAUGCUUCACAGGCAGGUGGGCCCCAUCAGAGUUACAGACCAACUAUUGGUCCAAGACCUCCUGUAGUGUCAACUCCAAAGCGAAACGAACCGUUUGACCCUUUCAAGCCUGUUAGACCUUCAGCGUAUAACAACAACCGGCAUGCGCGCCCCGUCAACAACGAUGUGGUGGAAAUUCGUCGCCCUGAGAAUAUCACCUUCACGACCCCGCGAGCUCCGAAGACGUUCUACGCAUCCUCGGCCAUCAAGAUGGAUAAUGCAUACAAGAACCUGCGGAACUUCAUUGACCUGACGAACGAAGGUGGAUUCACGCCGAGUGCUCGAACUCGAAACACGGGAUUUGGCUCCAUGGACGUGAACGGCUAUGUGGAUCCGGUGAAGGCAAACGAGAACAUUAAAGCUCUUCUUGAAGGGGCACUUACCGACGAGGACGACAAGCGCUCAAAGUCAAAGAAAGGGAAGAAGAGCAAGAACCGCAAGAACAAGGGAAAGAAGAAGCAGGACAAGGAACAGAAGAAACAACCCACCUCUGACAUUGAUGAUCUCGCCGCUCAGCUGGAAGGUGUCACUGUCAACGAGCCGAAGGCUGCGACUGAUAAACUCGAUCGGGAUGAGCCCAAGGUAGGCGAGAAACUUGCAGUAUUGGACGAGGAAAGUGAGCAAGAAGAGGAUCGGAAGUUAUCUGAUAACGAGAACGAGAAUGACGAGGAUGAUGAAGAGGAAGAAGAGGAGGAAGAGGAAGAUGAAGAUGAUGGGACAGUAGAGGGCAUGACAGUCAAGUUGCUCGCUCACCAGCGGGAAGGUGUUAAUUGGAUGUGCGACAAGGAGAGAGGCUCAAGCAAGGCUAAAGGCGUGCUGCCCAAAGGUGGUAUUUUGGCGGACGACAUGGGUUUGGGAAAGACUGUUCAGGCUAUUGCUUUGAUGCUCACCAACCAGAGGUCCACAGAUGGGGUCAGAAAAAGCAACGCCAAAGAUGAUGACAGCAGUACUGAGGAUGAAGAUGAAGAGAACAACAAACCGCGAAAACUACCACCGGGACUCAGCAAGUCUACACUGGUUGUUGCCCCGCUCGCAUUGAUUAAACAAUGGGAGUCGGAGAUUGCAGCCAAGGUCGAAGCUUCUCACAAGCUCCGUGUUUGUGUAUAUCAUGGAAAUACUCGAGCGAAAGCGACCGACAAUUUGGAUACAUACGAUGUGGUUAUUACCACCUAUGGUACUUUAACGUCCGAGUACGGGGCCGUCGAUAAGAGCAGCAAAAAGACAGGGCUGUUCUCCGUUUAUUGGUAUCGGAUUAUCCUCGACGAAGCUCACACUAUCAAGAAUCGGAACGCGAAGGCAACACAGUCCGCUUGCGCACUAGAUGCAGAAUACAGAUGGUGUCUAUCAGGAACGCCUAUGCAGAACAACCUCGAUGAGCUGCAAAGUCUGAUCAAGUUUCUGCGAAUCAAGCCCUACAAUGACCUGGCGGCUUGGAGGGAUCAGAUUACUCGACCCUUAGCCAACGGACGUGGAGGCCUUGCGAUUGAGCGUUUGCAGGUCUAUCUGAAGGCCUUUAUGAAACGACGCACCAAGGACGUCUUGAGGCUCAAUUCUAAUCUCAAACCCAGCGAAGCAGGAUCCGAUGGAAAGCUGAAGAAGUCGACCGGUUUCCAAAUCACCAAACGAGAGGUGAUUAAGGUAGCCGCGGAGUUUAUGCCAGGCGAGAUGAAUUUCUACAAACGCCUUGAACAGCGAACGGAAAACAGUCUCGAGAAGAUGAUGGGAGGUUCUAAGAUGGAUUACGCCGGUGCACUGGUCUUGCUACUUCGUCUCAGACAGUCCUGUAACCAUCCAGACCUGGUGAAAAGUGAUCUCGCAAAAGAUAAGGAUAUUCUCCUGCAGAAUGGUGCCACGGGUAGCCAGUCUGGCGCUGGGAAACAAGACGACCUUGACAGCAUGGCUGAUCUCUUUGGAGCUCUGAGCGUUGUUUCCAAGAAAUGUGACGUGUGCCAAUCGGAUCUCAGCAAGGAAGAGGCGAAGAGUGGUGUUAGCCGGUGCAGCGAAUGUGAGGCCGAUCUGAAGACUACGCUUGGGGAUAAUGCUAGAGGCAAGAGGAAAAGCUCACACAAGAGGAUUGAAGUGGAUCUCACAAGCUCCCCAUCAGAUAAGUUCUCUGAAUCACAACAGGCGCGCGCUCGGAGGAACAGAAAGAUUGUGAUUGAUAGUGAUGAUGAAGAGGAGGAGGAAGACGGGGAAUGGAUUGUCCCAGAAAAGCAGCGUGCCAAUCCUAACCUCGGCAAAGCUGGUGGCACCGAUGAUGAAGAUGCAGAAGGAGGCGGCGAGUGGCUCGAUUCGGAGGACUCCGAGACGGAUGAUGAGGAUGGCCCUGAAUCACCGACCAAGAAAUUGGGCAAUACUUCUAUUUCGCGAAAGAUUCGAGACAGUGAGUCGGACAGCGAAGAGGAUAUCUAUUUGAACCCUGGCGAUGAGGACGACCAAGUCUUACCUUCUACGAAGAUCCGGCACCUCAUGAAGAUCUUGCGUGGUGAAGCAGAUGAGCAUAAGUUCAUUGUCUUCUCAGUGUUCACUUCCAUGCUCGACAAGAUUGAACCGUUCCUAAAGCGUGCUGGUAUCGGAUUUGCAAGAUACGAUGGGAGCAUGCGGAACGACCAUCGUGAAGCCAGUCUGAACAAGUUGAGGAACAAUAGUGCCACCAGAGUCCUUCUGUGCAGUCUGCGCGCCGGAGCGCUGGGACUCAAUCUCACAGCGGCGAGUCGAGUAGUGAUCUUGGAACCGUUCUGGAAUCCUUUCGUUGAAGAACAGGCUAUCGAUCGUGUGCAUCGACUGAACCAAACCGUCGACGUCAAGAUCUACAAGAUGAUUAUCAAGGAAACGGUGGAGGAGCGUAUUCUCGAACUGCAGGAUCGCAAGCGCGAGCUGGCCAACCUCACCAUCGAGGGCAAGAGCGCCGCCGGCAAGCUCACGAUGAACGACAUGAUGGCCCUCUUUGGUCGCGAUGCAGAGGCGCGGUUCUCCGGUGACCGGGGCAACAUCGAUAUCACUCGAAGCAGUGGCUUGCUGGCGAACGAGGUCAACCCCUCUGGUUCUCCGCACGGGGGCAGCAGCGGAGGCAGUCGGCCGUGGGGCCAGGCGGGCUCACAGGAUCGGAAUCGCCAACCGGAGAAGCGGGCCUCCAAGGCCGAGGAUCCGGUCUAUGGGCGGCGGUGGUAG